AUGAUCAGUGUGACGUUACUUGAGUCACGGGACUGCUCCACUUUAGCCAUUCCCCUAAAAUCGGUAAUCGAAUUUUCAAACAUAGGGGAACUAAUAACUAAUGAUGAGUGUAGAGAUUUAUUACUUAGUCAUGGUGUAAAAAUUAUACAAGCUAAAUCUAAACGUAGUACAUCAAUAGCUGAACGUGAUCACCAAGAAUUUGAGAAACAUUCCUAUAUUCGUCAAGAUGCUGUAGAUUUUCAUUUACCAUUAACUGAGAGAUGGCGAUCUUGGGUUAAAGGUCUUCGUAUUAAUGAUGACAUUUAUAAUGAUACUCCUACCCGAUUAAUUCAUAUGUCUCCUAAUGAAGCUGUAAAAAGAGCUUUAAAAGGUGAAAAAAUAUUUGCUGAUCCUUCUGUUAAACAUCGAAGGCCUAUCGGGUUUGAUGAACCUCGGUUAAGCUAUAAAGAUUCUGUUUUAUAUUUACUCGAACCUGGAUAA